AUCCCAAAUGUCUCCCACUACUACAGUCGAUUUCAGCAAUCGCCAGUUGAGGCUGGAGAGCGAAGAAUCGGCGCAAGAUACAUUUAAAGACAUAGAUGGAGCCGAUAUCGAGCAGCUGAUCCUUCGCAAAAAUACAUUCGGAAUCGGAGGCGCGAAGGUGCUGGGAGAGUUCAUUCAAAAGACGCCAAAAUUGAAGACAGCGCUUCUGUCUAGUAUCUUCAUAUCGCAAGGGAUCGACGUGAUUCCGCUUGCUUUGCCACACAUCUGUAACGCCCUUCUCCAAUGCUCCCAGCUCACGACCUUGGAUCUGAGCCAUAACGCAUUUGGACAGCGCUCUGUCGAGCUCCUUGUUCCACUCCUUUCUCAAUCUCUCUCUCUUGAGACAGUGAAGCUUGCGGACCUCGGUAUGGACGGCACGGGUGGGCAGAUACUCGCUGGGGCGCUGGUGACGUUGGCCAAGAACAUCAAAGAUGCGGGAAAAACCUCUCCCCUCCGAAUUCUCGUCACAAGUCAGAACCUGAUGCGCGACGCGUCGGCGAUCGUGUGGGCAGAAGUCAUCCGGGCACAUACCAAUUUGGAAAUCAUCCAGAUGAACCGGAACGAUUUCUACGAAGACGGGACGAUUGCGGUCGCAUCGGCUCUGGUAGAGUGCACACGACUACGAAUGUUCCACUACUGCGACAACGUCAUUACAAAUUCGGACGAGCGUGAUAGCCCAAGAGGGUGGGAGAAACUGGUUGAAGCAAUCGGGAAAGCGCGAGAUAUCGAGUCGCUCUACAUCACUGGCUGUCUACUCGGCGAAGAGGGUGCCGACGCCCUAUUCGCGCUCUUCGCUGAGGAAGAGUUUCCCAGACUUCACAGCCUCAAAGUUGCGGCCAACGACUUCACCGAAACACAUUACGAGGCCCUGUGCGAUGCCAUCGAAAGUGGGAAACUCCCUGCGCUUAAGAUCGUAUACGCAGAUGACGAGGUGGAGGAUCAGCCUGUGUUUUCCAAGCUUGGAGACUUGCUUGAGGCUCGGGGAGGGAAGAUUGUUCUUGAUAGCGAUGACAACGAACAAGACGAGGACGAGCUGGUCGUGGAGACGAGCACGGCACCAGCAGCGUCGGCAACACCAGCUGCGACAGACUCUUCCGUGUCCGAACUUGCAGACCUAUUGGCCGGGAAGUUGGAGAUCAAGUCAGCGUAGGGAGAAGGCUUAUAGCAUUCAAUAUAUUGGCCAUUCUCGACACGAGCUUGCCAACUGAACUUUGUAGAAUCGAGUUGCAUAAACCUGUGGCACUUGCUGCCAACAACUCUGUCACUCCAACUUGUAUACACCUAUUGUCCACGAGUGAGGAUUCAGCGUUCAGCAUUCA